AGAGCAAAACCAGUUUAUACGAAGUUGGAAGCAAUUUGCACAUUCAUGAAUCAUUUAUCCAUGGCCUAUAGCUUGGGAUCAGAUUAAAAGCCAACAACAUAAAUGGCAUCUUCAAGCAUAACUUGCAACUUCCACUGUAACUACCAUCCUUCUAUAUUCCUUCCAACCUCAGCCACUCGCUCUUCCUUAUCUUUUCCGCACCCUCUACUUUGCAAUGGGAUUUCCCUUCACCCUGCAACCUCCACCUCCAGAGUUUGUGCAAAGUUUGAGAAAUUCCAGGGUGAACCUUCCCAAGAGGCAGAGCCUUCAUCCUCACUAGAAAAUAUAGAAACCUUUAUUGAGGACGAGGAGGAAGAUGACAGUUGCUUGCCUUCAGACUUGGAAGGCGCAGUGCGGCAAUCAAGUGAGGCUGCCGCCUUAUUUGUAUCUUCAGGAGGGAUGAGAGCCAUAGUUGAACUUUUAAUCCCCCAGCUGCAAUUUUUAGAUAAUGAAGGCGCACAGGUGGAGCUCUGGGAAUUGUCAAGGAUUUUUUUGGAUACACUUAUUAAAGAAACAGAAUGUCAGAGAGUUAAAGCCAUUUUUCCAGAUGCUGGUGCAGAAGCUCUUCUAAAAUAUCGGUGGAAAGAUGCUCAAUUUAGAUUUGCAAGCUUAAAUGACCGGAAGCCUGUAGAGAGUGAUGAUGAGAUUGUGGUCAUGGUUGUUCCUGAUUAUCAGAUGUUAGAAUAUGUAGAGAGAAUUGCAUCCAAUCUCUCAAAUGAUCCACCAAGGCCCCUUAUCAUGUGGAAUCCACGCUUGAUUAGUGAGGACGUUGGGGUUGGAGUUAAUGUUCGGAGGUUAAGGCGUUACUUUCUAAGAACUUUUACAACUGUCUAUUUCAUGCGACCUAUGCCAUUUGGUGCAAUCUUUAGGUGUUAUCCAGGAUUGUGGAAAGUGUUCAGUGAUGACAAGGAUAGGCCAAAUAGAUAUUUGCUUGCCAAGGAUUUCAUAAGCCGUCCUGACGCUGAAGAUCUCGAGAUUAUGUUUGGAAAUGAAGAACAGAAGUCAGAGCAAGGCCAAAAUUUGCUUGACAAAGCGGCAGGCAUCUUCUCUUCGAUUAACAGGAUCAUGAAGGCUAUGUGAUGAUUGAUUGAUUACAUACUUGUUCUCAUCAUUAGAACAUCCCCCUUCCAUUCGUGAUUCAUGUCAAAUUAUGUUUGCUUCUUGAAAAUUAAUUUUAGAAACCUUACUGCUUGUGUCAUAUACUAUAAUGCAUAUAUACAUAUUACCAUAUUUCACUU